GAUGAGAAGUUGCACAAACUGAUGAAGGAGUUUGGGUCAAACAACUGGUCCUCAGUUUCUCUGCAUUUUAAAGGUCAGAGGACAGAGGUGCAGUGUCAGCGGAGGUGGCAGCACAUUAAAAAUCCAGAGCUGGUUAAAGGUCCCUGGACUAAGGAGGAGGAUGAGAGGGUCCUCAAGCUGGUUCAGACGUUCGGCGUGAAGCGCUGGUCGCUCAUCGCCAAACAGCUGCUUACUCGUAACGGGAAGCAAUGCCGCGAGCGCUGGCAUAACCACCUGAACCCGACGGUGAAGAAGAGCGGCUGGACUCUGGAGGAAGACCUCACCAUCUGUCAGGUGCACCAGCUGCUGGGGAACCGCUGGGCCGACAUCUCCAAGAUGCUGCCGGGCAGGACAGACAACUCCAUCAAAAACCACUGGAACUCCACCCUGAAGAGGAAGGUGGAGAAGGAGGCAUACCUGCAGGUCCUGCACAUCCAAAACUCCCCCAGACCAGCACCCGGGAUCUUAGACCCCCCUAGCACAGCCAACAUCCCCCCCAAGGUCAAUCAGGGGGACAGUCUGUCCAGUGUGAAGGACGAGUCCAGCUGCUCCUCCAGCGAUCAGACCAACCCUGCUCACCUGUGCUACGUCUGUGUCCCCGCCUCCUCCUCAGGUUACGGCUCCUCACUGAGCAUGUGCGAGCUGACAGCGUCUGUGGAGCUGAUGGAGGCGAACACCUGGAGCUGUGGCCCAAAGGAAGUGACCUCGUCUCUCUCCACCUGUCUGGACAGAGAGGAGGCCGACCCAUCAGUCAUGGACCUGAGCGGGAGUUAUGUUGCAGGCCUGAAGGAGCAGCUGGUGACCCGUGAGGACGGAGCCUCCUUCAUCAGCAGCACCUUCUCCCCCUCUGAGCUCUUCAGUCUGUGUGGUGUGGAGGAUCUGAAGUUACAGAGCCCGGCUCUCAGCUCCACCCCCGUCUGCUCCCUGAAACACUCCACCCAGAGGGACCACCGCUGUCUGCACUGCAGCCGGACUUCCUCAGAGACCAGGGACAGUGUGCGAGUGCUGUGGACGCCGGCCCCUCAAACACCGACCCCACUGAAGAUCAGCAACAAGAGCCGGGACGAGGUCCAGGGAGAGAGUCUGCUGAGCUCCAUCCUGCAGGUCCAGGGAGAGUCCAGAUCUGUUUUACUGGACCAGGAGGAGCCCAGCUCUGGUCUACAGGUCCAGGGAGAGCCCAGCUCUGGUCUACAGGUCCAGAGAGAGUCCAGCUCUGGUCUACUGGUCCAGAGAGAGUCCAGCUCUGUCCCGGGCUGUGAGGACUUUGGCUGCUUCCCGUUGGAUGGACAGAAGGAGGUGUUGUGGUGUCAGCAGCCGGUUGGUUACCUGCACUCACCAGAAUGUCCCGCAUACAGAAUGAACCCCUUUGAGCUGAACAGUGAGUUACAGCUGCUGAUGUUUGGGAAGACAGACGAUCAGCUGAGUCUGACGGAGCAGGCCCGCCUCUACGUGGAGCCAUGA